GCUGCGACUCAUCAUUGUUGCCUGCAGCCAACGAGUAGAACAACAUAACUGUCCACGGAGUCAAGUGAAGAUACACGUCAUUUUUCGCCAGUAUGAGUGGCAGGAGCAGUGUGCAGUGGGGGGGUCUGCUGGUCCUCCUGUCCGGCUGUCUGCUGCGUGUCCACUCUCAGGUGGACCCCGUCGUGGUGAGUGCGGCUCACAUCUCCGGUCACGGUCGCCUGGACAAGAACAUGAUCCAGGACAAAGACCACAUCAUGCAGCAUUUCGAGGGAGUGAUCGACCAACCAGAGAAGGACAUGACACCCCAGGAGCUCCAGCUGCACUAUUUCAAGAUGCACGACUACGAUGGCAACAACCUGCUGGAUGGGCUGGAGCUCGCCACAGCUAUCACGCAUGUACACAAAGAGGAGAGAGGAGAGCACAGCCAGCCGAUGAAAGAGGAGGACCUCAUCUCUCUCAUCGACGAUGUGCUGAGGGACGAUGACAAGAACAAUGACGGUUACAUAGAUUACGCAGAGUUCGCCAAGUCGCUAGAGUGACAUGUCGCCUGAGCGCUGACAUCCUUCGUGUCCACAACGUCAACAACAACAACAACAAGCUCUCUGCAGAUGAGGAGGCGAACUGAAAAUCUGCCACUAAGCGGUCUAGAAAACCAUCGUUUAAUCUCUGCUUUCCCUCUCACAGUCAAUCAGGGUCAUUGCGCUUUCUUUUUCAUUCGAUGUCCAAGCUGGGAGCAGAGACACUGGUUAUGCCAGUAAUUUACUUAGCAACAACAUAGGGAGGAAAACAAAAUUGGCAUUUAAAAAAAACAAAAAACCUUCUGUUUUGGUAGGUUCCUUGCCUUUUUUCUUUUUAAAGGUUCACCCAAUAUCACGAAGAGACACAGUUUUCUACUCAACGUAUCUGACCGUGGAUAUGUACUUUUCAUUGUGUUCGGUGAGCUCUUAUACGAGUGAUAAUCCCGAUACUUUCCUUGGGAACUAGUACGACUACCAGUGACGUGGUAGCAGAGCUUUCAGUGGCGGGUAAUACAAAGCCAAACUCUCUGCGUGGCCCUUUAAACAUACAGGAGCUCUAGAGUGUGUUUCAAUUCACACCGGUAGCCCGAGAGCAUCUCAACCGAAUGUCACUGUCACUUCAAAUGGACCACAGUUUCCAUUUGGAACCGGUGAAGUGUGCACACACCAGCUGACACACUGUCGCUGUGGACCAACCCAUUCCCUCUGUCAAUCCAUUUCAUUGUUUUUGAUGUGAUAACGGUAAAGUGGCCUUGACUUGCUCAGCUGUACAGUAGCGUGUGUGUGUGUGUGUGUGUGUGUGUGUGUGUGUGUGUGUGUGUGUGUGGGGAAGAAGUUUUGUUUUUGAGGUGGCGGGCAAAACAAUGCACCGUUGAAUGUCGUUUGUGAAGAUUACCACAUUUAUUCGAGCCAAAUCGCCGCCGUCUUCACUGUCGCCUGCGAGCCAGCUGAGCCGCGACAUGAAUCUGACGUCAGAGUGAAUGUAAAGCCGCGCCGCUGACUCGUGAUCACUGGAUAAGCUUGACUGGAAAGCACACCACUGCAGUCGUUUAAUAAGCUGACUCAGCUUCGUGUCGUAAACCUCGACAACCGUUGGCUUCAAAUCAUUAGCUGCCUUUUUAAAACGGAUCAAACGUGUCUGGUCUCUUCUGUGUUUGUUGAAUCCAUCUCUGUAUGACGGAUGGAUGAAUUCCAUAUUUUUGCCAUCCUUGAUUCUUCAAUCAGUUCAGGUUGUUGAUUAUCAUGAAGGGGAAAAAAACUGAAAGCAAAACAGAUGCAACUGCGUUGUUUGUGGAAUGUGAGAUAUUAAAAAGUGUAAU